AUCUAAACUUCAAGGGGUGUUCAAUACAUUUUCUGAAGUGGAUCAUAAAAGACUUAUUAUCAAGGUGAGAUGGGGGUGUAGAUAUACUGUUAUUAAUAAGUUUCAUUUUUCAAGCAAAAACGGGCUCGUGCAGGUGAAGUCGUAGUAAAAGAAGACUUGGAGCCUCUAUCGCUUCUCUGCGCCUGCGCUCUGUCGGCGCUUGAAUGAGGAAACUUCUGCUGAUUGCUGGUUGUGGCGAGCGGACGGGGAUUCAAACUCUAUUACUACGUUCAGUGUAUAAACUGCCAUCACGUGCACAGUCCAUCCUAACACAUCUUGAAACAAUAAAUUAUGUGUAUAGCGUAGGUACUUAAUUUUAGUUAUGCUAAGUUAUCAAAUACGUAGUUUACUGAGUUCUUUACUUUAAGUCUGAUUCCCGCCCUGCUACUGCACCAGUUUUUUUGUAGAUAUCGAACGCACCCUCUCCAAUAUGGCGGUCGGUGCAAACCGCCACUUGUCUGUGGUACAGUAGUGAAGUAGUUGUUUGAUUAUUCAGGCGCUAUUCUUUAUUUGUGGAGCCGCACAAACUAUUCAUAUAUUAUCUGCUCAAAUUCCAAUGGCCUAACAUUUUCUGGGCCGGGAGCUGUUGAUGGGCUGUGCCUCCAAUCUCUGCGUACGUGUCAUUGAUGGGAGAAGAGAUGGAGGAGGAGAUUAUGGAGGUGGCAGAUAGCUUUAAAGAGGAUCGUUUCAAAAGGAAGGAAGAAAGAUCUCUGAAGUUUUCUCCAGAAUCCUGUACAGUAAGCAGCAUCCCAUAUCUCAGAUACAUCUCUUUCCUCGGGCCGGGUUUGGUCGCACACGCCUCCUCCCAUGCACCGUCACCUACCGGCACAAAUGUCCAAAGAGCUGCAGACACAUUCCAGCCCACGUCCUACCUACAAAUGAGGAUGCAGCUGGUUGUCAUGGCAACGGUGCUGGCGGCGGCGGUGGCGGGACAGGGCUGCCGCUUCGGCUGCCGUCCGACCAACAUCAGCUUCCCGGUCGACAGCUGUGGCGUCACGGAGUUCAUCUACACCACCAUCUGUGCAGGACACUGCUACCACGAGGAUCCCGUCUACAUCAGCCACGACGACUGGGCCGAGCAGAGCGUCUGCAGCGGGGAGUGGGCCUACGAGGUGAAGCAGCUCCAGGGCUGCCCGCUGGCCGUCACGUACCCCGUCGCCAGGAGCUGCGAGUGCUCCGCCUGCAACGCAGCGAACACGCACUGCGGCCACUUCCACGGAUACGUCCCCAGCUGUGUGAUGUAGCCCCGCGGCGCCGCCCGCUGAAAUAAACACAUGUCCAACA